AUGUCGCCGCUCUUCAAGCCAUGGUCGUUGAUAGUGGUCCUGGCAGCAGUAGUGCUUGUACCCAGAGGUGCAUUUGCCCAGACGUCCAAUGUGAUAUGCCUGUCCUCUUAUGGUUGGAUGAACAAUAGCCUCCAACAGAACCCUUGCGUGGUCGCUUCCUACCUCGAGAGCGUCUGCAAUGGUGGAGAUUUUUCGAUCAGUGCUUUACCUCCCGACUCCCAUUAUGCAGCUCCCACGGUGGCUGAAGCCAGCCCUUGCGAAUGUAGUACGGUGACCUACUCGCUGGUUAGCGCUUGCGGUGCUUGCCAGAACGCCACGUAUUUGACCUGGUCUUCUUGGAGCUACAAUUGCUCCUCGGUAUCCAUCCAACAAUUUCCAGAUGACAUACCGUCUGGCACCGCGGUUCCAAAUUGGGCAUAUCUGGACGUGACCGCUGCGGGAUUCAGCCUUACCGCAGCGCAAGUAGACGGAGAUUCCCCGGAAUCUACCGCAACAAAAGUGCAAUCUACUGCUACAGUUCCUUAUUCGAGCAGCGCGUCUGCUUCUUUGACCGGUUCUUCGGGCGCGGCCACAGGAUCUUCGACCACAUCAUCAUCAUCGACUAAAUCGACAAGUUCAAACGCUGGAGCUAUAGCUGGGGGUGUUGUUGGUGGAGUCGUAGGAAUUGCAGCCAUCAUAGGUCUUGCGACCUGGUUCAUUGUCAAACGCCGUCGCUCUGCCACAGCGCCGUCGGCCGCUUUCAGCGACAUUGGCGGGGGUGCGGGAUACACUCAAAGUGUUUACUCCCCCAACACUCAUUCAUUCCCAACGCAACCUCAAAUGACGCAACAACGUCUCUACGACCCAUCUGACCCGUCCACUUUCCCAGGUUCGCCUCCCUCCCCCACCCUUCUGACUACCGCAUCUAGCAACAUAUACCAAAACCCAUCGAUACCGUCGCAUGUGUUUUCCCAACAGUCACGCCCAGGGCAGUACAGCGGUACUCCGGAGAUCUAA